GUCCCUGGAGUGGGCGGGACAUCGGGGGCUGGCGGGGAGAUUCGAGUGCGGCGAUGUAGAGCCCAGUUCGGCUGUAAAGCGCGAAUUAAUCCUCUGCUGAUGAUAUGGGUCCAUAAAACCAGCCAUCGCUGAUCUGAAACGUAUUAGCCGAAAGACGUGGCGUCUUUAAGGCCGCAUUUCAAGACUUAAACGCAAUAAUGGAGGAGAUGGAGGUGGACUUUGAUCCCGGACGCACUGCUGCGUCUGGGCGGGAUGAAUCUGAACCAGUUGUCAUCCCGGACUCUGGAAGCAGCACAGAGGUGGAGGAGGACGAGGAUGAGGAGCCCGAGUCCCAUGAUCCGCAUCUCCUGAUGAAUUCCUGGGCAUUCAGUCAGAGGAUUGCAGGUCAAUUGGGGGCCGUGAGAGGGACCCUGACCAUCAGGAGACGGCCUGCCAGGUUGGACGGGCGUCACCAGACCUCCCUCUCUCAACCUCCACACUUCAUGCUUCGUAUGCCAUUGGUACCCCAGUCUGGUGUGAGUGACACUGUGGAGGUGGGAGGUGCCAGGGAUGAGGAGGUACAAUGGGAGGAGGAGCAGGACGUUACUGCAGACCCGGGCAGUCCUGCUGCUGCCCCACCUCGCUUCUUGGAGGGUGUUGACACUCCUUUGGUCCAGACUUCGCAAAAUCCUGCUGUAUCAGUUGCAGGUGGUGCAGUCGCCACGGGAACCGAGGAGGCACGACCUGCAGCUGGAGAGGAGCCUAAGCCGGCUGAAGCAGCUCUGCCUGCUAGCGGCAAGGAGGAAGAUGGAGGGGACACAGAGGGGGAGAUCUGCUCGAUCUGCUUCGAACCCUGGACCACAGCCGGGGACCACCGGCUUGCCACGCUGCGUUGCGGCCACCUCUUUGGCUUGUCUUGCAUCAAACGCUGGCUGAAGGGCCAAGGAGCCAAGUGUCCCCAGUGUAACAAGAAGGCUAAGCGCUCGGAUAUUGUUAUGCUGUAUGCUCACAAGCUAAGGGUGCUGGACAACAGUGAGCAAGAAAGCAUGAAGAGGUCCCUGGAGCAGGAGCAGUCUCUGCGCAGGAAGGCCGAGCUGGAGUCUGCGCAGUGCCGGCUGCAGCUGCAGGUGCUGACGGACGAGUGUGGGAAACUGCGCAAACAGCUGCAGGAGCUGAAGUGCCUGAUGGCUCAGACGGGUUGCAGUUCCUCGCAGGGUCCUGGACCCUCCCAGGUGGGCCCCUCCCAUCACCAAGACCCUGCAGGCUCCACGACGACCGGUGGUCACUAUGUCUUCACCAAGGCCGUGCUGCUAUCCCAGACGGGCGGGUGCCGGGUGCUGUCCUACUGUGAGCCCCUCAGCUGCCUGCUGGCUUCCCAGCCUUCACCACAAGCCACCCUGGUGCCUGGAUGUGGAGUAAAGAAGGUCAGCGUGGUAAAUCUGAAGGCCUGCCAGUAUGUGCCAAUCCACACCAAGCAGAUCAGAGGCCUGGCCUUCAACCGGCAGGCAGACAGCCUGCUGCUCUCCGCAGCCCUGGACAACACGGUCAAACUCACCAGCCUGCUGACCAACACGGUGGUGCAGACGUACAACACAGGCCGGCCAGUGUGGAGCUGCUGCUGGUGCCUGGAUAACAGCAACUAUGUGUACGCUGGUUUGAGCAAUGGCUCUGUUCUGGUGUACGACACGCGGGACACCAGUACGCAUGUCCAGGAGCUGGUACCCCUGGGCUCCAGGUGUCCGGUGGCCUCUCUGUCCUACGUGCCCCGCGCCGCCUCCAGCUCCUUCCCUUGCGGGGGCCUCGUUGCUGGCUCCCUGGAGGGGGGUUGCUUCUGGGAGCAGGUGAAUAGCAGCACAUACAGGCCCCAUGUGCUUCCGCUGGAGUCGGGGGGCUGCACAGAUGUCCAGGUGGAGCCUGAAACCAGACACUGCCUGGUCACCUACCGGCCGGGGCGCUCCAACCCAACCCUUCGCUGUGUUCUGAUGGAGCUUAGCAGGACACCUCAACAGGAUGACACCCAAGACCCCUCUUGCUUCUGCUGCCCGGUCCAGACCUUCACCGCCGGCUCAUCCUGCAAGCUGCUAACCAAGAACGCAGUGUUCCGCAGCCCGUCACGCGAGGGCUCCAUGCUGGUGUGCGCUGGGGACGAGGCCUCUAGCUCCACCAUGGUCUGGGAUGCAAGUAGCGGGGCCCUAAUCCAGAAGCUUCCGGCUGAUCUGCCAGUCCUGGAUAUCUGUCCUUUUGAUGUGAACCAGGAUAGCUUCCUGGCCUCCCUGACUGAAAAGAUGUUGAAAAUCUAUAAGUGGGAGUAAUCUCUUGGACCGUGGUUGAGAGUUCAGAUGGCUGAGGGCACUAGCCUUUGCGUUUGUUUCAAACAUGUACUAAGAUCCCAGUUUUUGGAACAGGUGUGGACAGUGGGACGUGUUUUGAUCUGGAGUGGAGGACCGCAGUGCAAUGGUAGCAGUCUGUACUAGACUACCGUUUCGCUCAGUUGUGAUGUGGACAUGUUUGCAUCAGCCUUCUAUCAUGCUGCCAGGAAGAGGAGUUUUCUUGAGGUAGACUUGUAAAUAGAAUCUCUAAGACACCACAGUGGUCCUGCUGUCAAGAGGAUCCCAAAUGAAAGUCGCCUGCUGCGAAUUUCGUGCAAGUAUCCGUGCCGCUAUGGAGGCGCUGGCCUGGGGUGAGAUCUCUAUUCUUGGUGCUCUCCUGCCUCUUGCCAGCAAGCAGCCCCUGUAUCCUGACACCUAAUCAUUUUUGUUUCAGAAAGUCAAUUAUGGGAACACCUGCUUAGGCAGUCAUUCUGCAUAUUUCUUUAUCUGGUAUGUAUUUUCGCUGUAUCACAGCUUUUUCUUUUUAAACACUUAAACGCCUUAUAAUAAAGCAUGUUUUGGAGUUGAAAGCCA